AUGUGGCUGGACAAAUCAGCGUUCCUGGACCCGUCGUUCGACCCAGACGCGUACAUAGCGACGGUGCGGCGCAUAGCGCCGUUGGAGUCGGUGCGCGCGGAGCUGAGGGAGCACCUGGCGGCGCUCAAGAGCGAGCUGGUGGAGCUCAUCAACCGCGACUACAACGACUUUGUCAACCUCUCCACCAAACUCGUGGACGUGGACGGGGCAGUGCUGCGCAUGAGAGUCCCUCUCACAGAGCUCAGGGCGCAGCUGCUGGCAGUGCGCAGCAGCGUGGCAGCGGCGCCAGCAGCGCUAGAAGACGGGCUGGCGCGCAGGGCAGAGGCGGCCACAGCGCGCCAAAUACUAGAACUGCUGCUAGACACCUCCAACGUCCUCUCCAAGGUCGAGAAGCUGCUGCUCGAGCUGCACGCCAUGCCCGACGCCCCUCCCCUCCCACCCUCCUCUGCCUCCGCCUCCUCCUCCUCUUCCGCGUCUGCCUCUGCUUCCGCCCCAGCAGCGCCCACUGCAUCUGCGUCCCCAGGCAAAAGACCUCCGGCUUCUAUCUCUGCAGCAGCAGCAGCGAGGAAUGGUCCUGUUAAGGGUGGGGGUGGGGAGGGGAGUGCAGGGGAGGAGGGGGGGGAUGCGGCGGCGGGCGUGGGGGCGGGGAGGGAUGCGGAGAGGGAGUUGGAGGAGGCGCGGAGUCGGUUGCUAGAGCGGAUUGCAAGUGAGAUGAACCGCCUCAACUUCUACGUGGCCAAGGGAAAGGAUCUUCCAUUCGUGCGGUCAGUGGAGGGGCGCAUCCGGCAGGCCAGCAGCACGCUGGCAGCGCACCUGCGGCGGUGCCUGGAGCGCGGGCUGCACCAGCGCUGGCGCCGUGUCGUCUACCACUGCCUGCGCGCCUUCGCCUCCCUUGACGCCGCUGCUGACGCUGAAGAGCUUUUCUGCCGGGCCGUCGUUGCUCCCCUUGUGGCACAGGCGCUGCUGGGAGCAGCAGCAGCGGGAGGAGGAGCAGGAGGAGGGAAGCAGCAGCAGCAGCCGCAGGAGCAGGCGCCGCCGUCACCCAAGUCCCCGUCCUCACCCACCGCAGCUGGAGCAGCAGGCGACUUGCUGCAAGGCGUGUACGAGCGCAUCGAGGGAGCAGUCUCCGAGGCGUGCCAGUUUGUGGUGGGCAUUGUAGCAUCGGCGGAUGCUGGCUUGCAUGUGUUCCAGUUCCUGGCCGCCAGUGUGCUGAAGGAGGUGGCUGCUGCGCUGCACCGGUCGCACGCUGCUGCCUUCUCCCCAGGCCGACCUGCACAGUUCCUGCUCAACUACAAGGCGUCGCUUGACUUUCUCGCCUUCCUGGAAGGCUUCUGCACGAGCCGUGAAUCCCUCGCCUCCUUCCGCGCGCAUCCCUGCUACUCGGAUUUCCUCAAGGGCUGGAACCUCGCUGUCUACUAUGCAUCUCGCUUUCGGGAAAUUGCCGGGCUGCUGGACGACGCGCUGGUGCCGCCGCCCGCCAGCUCAGCGGCAGCAGCGGCGCGCGUGGCGGUGCAGAGGGCAGCAGCACCGGGCAUGGGAGUGGGGCUGCAGGCAUCAGUGGUGCUGUGGGAGGCGCUGCAGCGCUGCUGGCACCCCGCCGUCUUCAUCCCCUGCAUCGCCGACAAGUUCCUGCGCCUCACUCUGCAGCUGCUCUCCCGGUUCGGCAAGUGGGUGAUGGCGGGCGUGGCAGCAAGGAGAGCAGGAUCAGCAGCAGACAAUCCCGGAGGCGAGUGGGGGCUAGCAGCCACACCAGAGGACCUCGCUCUGAUGUGGCACGACCUGCUAGUGCUCUCGUCCAACAUCAGAGCAGCGUACGUGGGCGAGCUGGUGCAGCAGCUGGGGCCGGGGGUGACAGGGGAGGUGCGGGCAGCAGUGCAGGGCGAGGUGGAGAGUGCAGCGGAUGGGCUGCAUUCCCUCACAGCGCAUGUGGCUGCACUGCUCUCGGAUAUCACUGCAGACCGAUGCAUCGAGGUCUUGAGGCCUGUGCGUGCAAUAGCAGCCAUGUACCGUGUGCCCAGUCGCCCGCCCCCCACCCGCCACUCACACUAUGUACCGGGCGUGCUUCAACCACUCAAGGUUGUGCUGGAAGGUGACAAAGCACGUGCAGCAGCAGGGGGGGCAGGAGGGGCGGAGGAGGUGUGGAGUGAGGAGAUGAGGGCGGUGGUGGUGGGUCAGGUGGUGGAGCGGGUCACUCAGAAGUUCGACGAGCUCGCCAAGGAGGUCGUUGCCACGGCGCGACGCACGGAGUCAUCACUGAAGCUGCUGCAGCAGCGCUCCAUGAAGCGGCCCCCGGGAGCAGCGGAUGCAGGGGGGGCAUCAGGCAUGUCAGACACGGAUAAGAUCAUUGGACAGCUCUUCCUGGACGUGCAGGUGCGUGCAUGUGGCUCGCAGGCAGGCAGAGGGUCCUUCUGGAAGCGGCGUCGGCGCGCGAUUCUGAUAACGCUGGGCGUGGUGGGCGUGGGCGUGGGGUCGUACGUGGUGUAUCAACGGCUGCACGCGCGGCUGCUGGAGGACCAGCAGCGCAUCCAACGGCAGCAGCAGCAGAUCCUGGAGGAGGCGAUUCGGGAGGCGGAGGAGAAGCGCCGGGCGGAAGAGGAACGCGAGGACGCGCAGAUCCGAGCGCAUUUUGAGAGCAUUCAGCGGAUAGCAGACGCCACCACACUGCCAUCAGUGCUACCACACCUGCGCACGCAGCUCUUCUCCUCCAUCAACCUCACCGCACUCACUGAUGCUCUCUUCUCCUCGAGGCAGCACGCCGCUUCUGCUACUGCUGGUGGCGGAGGUGGAGGUGGAGGUGGAGGAGAAGGGGUAGCAGCAGCCCCUCGUGCGCCCUUGAGUGCUCAGGAGAAGCUUCGGAUAUGGGAGGAUCUGAAAGUGCUGAGUUUCUGCCGCACGUUGUGUGGCAUGUGGUCGCUGGCGCUGCUCUCGCUCUUUGUGCGUGCACAGCUCAAUGUGCUCGGCCGGCGUGUCUUCCUCGACGCCGCUGUGCGAUCCGCCAGUUCCUCGUCACUGCAGGAUCCGCAGCAGCAGGCGUGGAGGAAGCGGCAGCUGCCCAUGCGGUGCCAGCACCAGUUCAUUGCCCUUGCAGACUACCUCCCCCAGAUAGGCCUGCGUGCCCUCACCAGAGACGCCCAGGCCUUCAUUGCUCCCAUCCUGGAAAGGCUUUCCCUCCGUGACAACAUCUCUCUCCCGCAGCUCCUCUCUCUCAUCCACGACAUCCGCCUAGAAUUCGAGGCCCGAGAUUGCGCCACAUGGCAGCGCUACCUCCUCCCACCGGACAAUUACCUCCCGGCUGACCUGGCAGCCACGUCCCUUGCUGCGGAUGCAUCUGCAGGGAGAGGCGCAUCGGGGCAGGGAUUGGGGGGGAUGGGGGAUGGUGCGGGGGGAGCGAGGAUGGGCGGUGGUGGCGGGAUGGAGGAUGAGGAGGAGCAGGCUCUGCUUGGGGAACUGAUGGACGAAUUGCGGCAUGUGCUCAGCAGCUAUGAGUUUCAGGAGGCCCUUUCUGCAUCGCUGGAUGCGCUAACAGAAGCAGCACACGAGCAUCUUGCUGCUGCGUUUCCCUCUGCGCCUCCACAGACAUCCCCCUGUGACACGUGGGAUGGAGGUAUCUUCUGCUGCAACUCGCGGAGGCGGAGCAAGAGAACCGCUCAAACUGUUGACGCAUCUCAAACAGCCGUGCCAGCGUGGCCGCAGAAGGACGCCGGGCCGUACGGCUCCAGCAAGGCGCCAGCUCGGCCUGACGUGGCGCCAGUACCCAGCAGCUACCCCACGGCUGUGCUCCCGUUAGGCGUGCCGGGCGAUUCCGCGCUAGCCGUAUUCUCGUACAACGACCUGCGGGCAGCCACGGAAGGGUUUCGCUCCAAUAAUAGACUGGGGGAGGGCGGAUUCGGUAUAGUGUACAAGGGGUGGGUGUGCAUGAGACCCGGCGCGCGGCCAGAGGAAGUUGCGGUGAAGGUUCUGAACCACGAGGGCCUUCAGGGACACAAGGAAUGGCUGGCGGAGGUGAACUUUCUGGGGCAGGUGUACCAUCCGCACCUGGUGCGGCUGAUAGGGUACUGUGCGGAGGCGGAGCAGCGGCUGCUGGUGUACGAGUUCAUGUGCAACGGCAGCCUCGAGGUCCACCUCUUCCGACAGCACCUGACGGUGUUGCCAUGGAGCACGCGCAUGAAGAUAGCACUGGGAGCAGCGAGGGGCCUGGCGUACCUACACGAGGAGGCCACUCGCCCCAUCAUCUACCGCGACUUCAAAACCUCCAAUAUCUUACUCACAGAGGAUUUCUCUGCCAAGCUAUCUGACUUUGGGUUGGCCAAGGAUGGGCCGGAGAGUGGCAAGACCCAUGUGUCCACGCGCGUCAUGGGCACCUACGGCUACGCUGCUCCCGAAUACGUCAUGACUGGCCAUCUGACUCUGAAGAGUGACGUGUACAGCUACGGGGUGGUGCUACUGGAGAUGAUCACAGGGCGGCGGUCCAUGGACAAAUCCUUCCCGCCAGAGGAGCACAGCCUGGUGGACUGGGCACGCCCCUUCCUCUCCGACCGGCGCAAGGUGUUCCGCCUGCUCGACUCGCGCCUGGACGGCAUGUACUCGGUGAAAGGCGCGCAGCACGCCAUGGCUCUCGCGCAGAGCUGCCUCAACAGAGACCCCAAGGCACGGCCGGUUAUGAGCGAUGCGGUGAAGAUACUGGAAGCGCUGCAGGAUUUGGAUGACAUGGCGGUGUAUGGUGGUGGGGGUGGGUCCGGGAGGGGAGCGGGAGGAGGAGGGGUUUCGCCGAGUUCGCCUGGGAGUGGCUCGGAUGGUGGUGGAGGUGGUGGGGGAAGAGGUGAAGCUUCGUGGCAGCAGCAGCAGGGAGGGUAUUACUAG